CUCACACCACACCUCCCUUCUUUUACUUUUUCAGUCUUUGUUUCGUUUACAUAUAUAUAACGGUACUACCUAGACUACUAGCUAGCUAGCUAGAGCCAACAUCAAUAAUGUACUAUCCUCAGGACGACAUGGACACUCCUCCACAACCGCGGUUCUUGGAUGACAGUGGCGCGUCCGGAGGAGACGCAACGACACCCGCCAAUGACAGCACACCCGGUGGUGGUACGGCAGAGUCGGAAGACGACGAAGAGGAGGAAGAAGAAGUGGCGGAUGACGGAACGGCCACGGGUGGAGCGGGUGGUGGUGAUCAGGACAUGGCAACGCCGGGACAUCCGCCACCGCAAUUGCUGGUGAUUCCGGCCGUCAAUAAUUUGGAUGCACUGUACGGAUUGCGCGAAAUUGGCCGAGAAGCCCUCUGUUGGCAAUUGUCCAGUGCCAAGCCGGGCAAUGGCGUGGAACAAAUUCGGGAUCACUCCACGGAAACCUACUGGCAGAGUGAUGGGACCAGUCAACCACAUUGGAUUCAAGUCCAUUUUGCGCGGCGUGUCGCCAUUAGUCAUGUCUGUUUGUAUCUCGAUUACAAUUUGGACGAGUCGUAUACACCACGACGGUUGAGUGUGCAGGUGGGAAUGUCCAAUCACGAUCUCAUGCCGGCCAUUUUGCCUGCCAAUACACUGGUGGAAUUUCAGGAACCGGUGGGGUGGUGUAUUGUGCCAUUGCAGCGAGCACCGGACCCAUUGGAAGAGGAUGGAUCCGAAGACGACACGGAGGAAGACGAUGACGAGGAUAUGGACGAUGAGGAAGAUCCCAGUCGCAAAAAUCACCCCAAACGAGUCGUCAAGGCACAUUUGAUUCAAAUUUCCAUUCUGUCGCAGCAUCAGAAUGGACGAGACACGCAUGUCCGGCAGGUGCAAUUGUAUGGACCCAAAACCAACAGCGCCGCGGCUCUUCGUAGGGUCCAAGCGCAAGGAAUUGCCGAAACCGAUAAGAAUAAUCCGGGAAUGAGCAGUCGACUCUUUCUACAACGAGGACGACACUGGGACCAUGAAUAUACCACCGUGGCCAUGUCGCAGUACUCGACAAUCCGCUAAUUUGGUCUAUUCUCGUGUUGUGAUGGGACGACGGAGGGCAAUGAGGCAACAAAUCAAGCUGGACGUUGAUUCAUUGGAUUUGGUAGUCUACUUCUUUAGUUUUGGUGAAUGCCCAGAAAAGUCGUCCUCGGAAGUAAGAUCAAAGAAUACAGCUGAUCUUUGGGUGUUGGGCGUUUCAGCUCAUAUAAUCAGAACCCUUCAGAAGCAAUUCUGAGUUAGUAGGUUCUAGCAAUUCCCAUCUCUCUGUACUGGGGCGUCAGCCGUGUAUUUCGUAUCAAGGGAACGCAGAGUUCCCCGUUGGGCCAUCGCCUUCUUUCUGUUACAUGCACUUUUUCUACGUGCUGUGCGUUUCGCAUACCAACGUCGUUCGCAGACGUGGAAUCUAUCUUCUUAGCUUUCUGCCUACCAUACAUGUUGUCUUGAUCCACCUCUCUUCAUGGUUGUAUCCAAACUGCUCUUCCAUCAGUGUAAUCGCCUUGAUAAUAGCACCAUUAUGAGUAGCCCCAGUCCAUUAGCGGGUAUCGUACAACGCCCAUAAGCUUAUUGAUCUCACUAUAUCCUACUAAAAGUAUGGGUGGGGG